UUGGGUUUCAGUUCACCUUCAUCAGAAGUUUACAUCGAUGUUUCCUUCGUCUGUGAAAAAGACCAGGUAAAGAAACGAGUACGAUGGCUAUAAAUUCGAAAUAAGGUGCUCUGCGGAGCUAAGCCCUGGUAAUUGGUCUCACUCCAUUUUCUUCAAUAGUUCUUUACCUCAAAAUCUUAUAUUUGUAUUCCUUGUUUUACUUCCACCUUUCAAGAAUUUUCAAGUGUCUUUAGAAUGGAAGAUGCUUUGAUUCAGGCCUCUCAAGUGGGUGAUAUAGAUGCCUUGUAUAAACUAAUUUGGGAGGAUGAUGAUAUUUUGAGGCGAAUUGAUGAGAAAAUGUUCAUAGAUACUCCCCUACACUUAGCAGCUUGUUCUGGGCAAACUCAUUUUGCAGCCGAGAUGAUUAACUUGAUGCCUUCCUUCACCAGAAAGUUAAACAAGUCUGGGUUUAGCCCCAUGCACCUUGCCCUCAUAAAUGGACAUUUCAAGUUGGUGUCCCUAUUUGUUCAUGCUGAUCCUGGUCUCGUUCGUGUCAAAGGAAGAUGGGGUCUUACUCCUUUACAUUAUGCUAUCAAACAUGAAAACAUCUAUCCCAUGGUUAAUUUCCUAGUAGCUUGCCCAGAGUCUAUUGGAGAUGUGACAGUUCGAGGUGAGACUGUUUUGCACAUUGCUGUUAAAACAAACAUGUUAGAGGCUCUUGAAGUUCUUGUCGGAUGGUUGCAGAGAAUCUGCCACAAAGAUGCCUUAGAUUGGGUGGCAUUCAUUCCAAAUUGGAAGGAUGAGCAAGGAAACACUGCAUUGGAUAUUGCAGUAUCCAAUAUGCAAAUUCAGGCCAUUCAAUUGUUAGCUGAAAUAAAUGCUAAGAAUAGUAAAGGUGAAGAUGCUUCACAGAUCCUGCAACGUCAAACCCAAUUGGAUAGAAGAGCAGUUCUUAAAAUGCUAAGGCGCCACACUCCAGUUGUAACAGCUUCAUCACUUGAAAGUAUUGAAUGGCUUACUGCUUUCUUAAGAUCAAAGACACUGUUUCCUGAAAGAUUAGCGGUUUGUAUCAAACGCCAGAGAAUGAGUAUCUCAGGCGAUGUACUCAAUGCUUUGCUAGUGGUUGCUGGGCUGAUUAUAGCAGGUACCUGCCAAACUAUGUACAAUCCCCCUGGUAGUUUUCGUGAGGACAAUAAUCUCAGCACCAAUCUUACAAAUAGCGGUAUUCAUGGAGGACCAUCGCGGAAUGUUGCAGCAGCUACGGCCUACGGUUCUACGUUGGAGGUGUCGGUCAACAGUUCAAUCCUCUAUUUUGCAUCCACCAUAGUUAAUCUUCUCCUUCCAGAUACCGUGGCUAGGGAAAUAGUGGCAGCACUACUAUUUGGCUUGUCAGGUUGCUAUUCGAUGUUUCUUCUUAUCAUGUGUCCAUAUCCCGCAGGAACUGUUUUAUUAUUCGCAUUGUUUUCGAUAUACGUUUCUUUUCACUGUAUUAUUAUGUUCGGAGAUAGACAAAUUCAGCGACUGACCCGCUUUUGCAACGCAAACAUGUGACCUAGAGAACUUAGAUCAGCUUUAAGUAAUGAUCAUCGGAGGCAAAUUAAGCUUGGAGUGGGGAUGGAAUAAGAAUCAACAACUUUGCUUAUAACGUUUUUAUUCUAUUGUCGAAGUAAUUCACACCUUUUUUUUUUGUUGAAAUAAAUAUAUGCAGUGCAAAGUACUGAAUAAAUUGGUACAUUUCCUGCAAUAUAUAUCUCGGCUCAA